UUUCGGAAUCAACAAGGUGACAGCUCCCUUGUAACGAACAUUCAUAACGAACACCUUAGGUACAUGAAUUAUCCACCUAAGGUCGCCUAGGAGACAAGUAGAAUAUUUAAUUCAUAAGCUGAUGACGUCGGAUUUUGUUUGAAAGACAAUUGCGGCAAGCAAAGUCGACGAACGAUCAGAGAGAGCAAAGAUGUCAAAGCUUUCAAAUACCGUCAAGGCGCUCAUCAAUGCCAGCCACGCGAGUCCGUGGUACACUCCCUCGUCAGCAGGUGUGCAAACGGCGUUGACGAAAUUCGCGAGUGAUGCAGCAGAGAGGAAAGUUGGAUUACCCGCCUGGGUAACGUUGUCGACCGCCGUCUCGGCAACACUGAACUGCCCUGAGGCCAUGACACAAAUCUUUAACCUCGCCAACUCAACGCCCACACCAGACUCACCGCGCACGCCGGCCCAAAACGCCGAGCUAAUCCGCGAAGUCGGGCUCAAGUGCAUAUCCUUCAACGGCAUCCCGCGGAGCAUCAACACGCUUGGCGCCUUCUACGCCAGCCUACCAAAAGAUGUCGCAUCCGCGUUGAGCACGACGCCAACGCGCGAGCUAACAACGGAUAACCUCGAAAUCCGCAAGAAGGACGGCCUCGCCCUCUGGGACUCCGUGUACCUCGGCUUCGAGCGCAAGCUUCUCGAUAGGCUAGCCCAGUCGCAUCCGGACUUGCCCGUGCACAUUCUUAACGGGCAUUAUUCGAACUUGUUGUCGAACCCACGGGGCGCAAAUGCGCCGGCGAAGGUCGGUCGCGUGCUCACUUCGCUGGUGGCCGUUGCGUGUUUGCGCGCGCAAACGGGUUGCGGGCCGCAGGUUGUGUCGCACGUCUUCGGGCUGCGCAAGGCGUACGAGAAUGGGGGUGCGCAUGCCGAGGGCGAGGAGCCCGUGGAGGGUGGCCCGUGGUUGGCUACUGAGGAUGGGAAUGUUUGGUUGUUGGAGAAUAUUGAUAAGUUGGUGACUGUGAUUACUAGUGGUGAGGGUACUACGUUUGCGCCUGGAAUACGGCCGAAGUUAUGAGAAGGAGGUGAGACGAGAUGAGAAGAAUGAAGCGCUGGUACGAGUUCUGGAGAAUGGAUGAUGGAUGAAAUGUAUCUACAUAUAUCAUGUACACAAAAGUCUCGAUCACGAGAUGAUGUAUUGUUUACUUUCCUAGGCAAGUGUCCACUAGGUAUCUUUAUCUCAUCUUAAUAGGCGAGAAAUAGUAACGAAUUAAGCUAGGUACAGUCAUAUUAGGUACCUGUCAACGAAGACGCU